AUGUAUGUUGAUGAUCUUGUUACAGGAGCAGAUGAUGUAUCAGAAGCCUUAAAAACUUCAAGGGAAGCAAAGGAAAUUAUGCGUGGAGCUGGGAUGAAUCUACGCAAAUGGGUGACGAAUGAUUAUCAUUUAGCUAAAAAAUGGGAAGAAGAAAAUUUUGAUAUUCAAUCCCUAAGCUCAAAUGAAAAGAUACUGAAGGUAUUAGGAAUUCAAUGGAACAUUCAGGAAGAUAGUUUGAGUAUAGAGACUUCUUGUUUGACGAAAAUUUCGAGGAGAAAAAAAUACCAAACAGCUGGAAAAAUAUAUGAUCCUCUUGGACUCAUCACACCAUUCACUGUUAGAAUAAAACUUUUACUACAAAAGCUAUGGUUACGUGAAUUACCAUGGGAUGAAGAGCUUCCUUCUGAUUUGAACGACGAGUGGUCUGAGUGGUGUAGCGAGCUUUCAGAACUUAGUAACAUUAGUGUUCCAAGAUUUGCUUUGGAUUCAUGUGAUGAAAAUAUAGAGAUCCAUGUUUUUUCUGACGCAAGUCAAAAGUUGUAUGGUGCAGCCGUUUACGUAAAGAGUUUCACCUGUCAAAAAGUUUCCUUGCCUCGACUUGAAUUGCUGGGUGCACUGAUUGCUGCAAGAUUGGGAACGGAAGUUAAAAAAGUUUUAGAUCGUAAAGGUUCAUCUAAUAUCUUUUUUUGGAGUGAUUCUAAAGUUACACUGUAUUGGAUCAAAGGAUCAAGCAGAAGAUGGAAGUCUUUCGUUCAAAAUCGCGUCGACGAGAUUCAGAAGUUGACUAAUCCAGAUUCAUGGUUUUAUUGUUCAACCAAAGACAAUCCAGCCGAUCUUCUAACGCGUGGAGUUAGUGCCUCUUCUCUAGUGAACAAUUCUAAGUGGUGGUGGACUUGUGCAGAAUUUUUUACAGAGCCGCAUCUUCCCUACAAGUGCUUACAACCAAUAGUUCCAGAGGUUGAGAACCUAACACCAAAUGAAAGGGAGUCCUUUGUGCAAGAAAGCAAAAGUUCUAGUGACAUUAAUGACAUUUCUGAGAGAACUAUGUUUAUUUGUAAUUGCAGGAAAGGUGAAUCAAGAAAGGUAGGCCCUCUUCAACUAGAGGAGAUUAUGGGCAAUUUGCCAUACGAGAGAGUUAAUAGAUCACCCCCAUUUAGUGUUUCAGGCCUUUCGCCACCACCAAGGCCGGAAGCGGAGGAUCAUUUUAUCAUGGAGGCAUUUAAUAAGGGACCACCGUUACCUCCUAUGAAGUUGCCUCACCUCCUCCUUCUGCGGGACUUGAACCCGGACCCUUUUAUACCGCAGUAG